UCACUAUAACUCUCAGCAUCUCUGUAUAAAGAGCAUUCCUCAUUCUUCACUUAUCAUUUCAUCACUUCCACUUCCUUCGCCCAUUUUCAUUAUUUCUCAACUCCAGAACUCGCUUCAACCAAUGGUUGCUACUGCGUAAGAAUCUACAAACGCCCUCUCCAAUUUUCCUUCUUUUUUUGUUGAUUUCUCUAACACUAUGUUUGGGAGGACCAUUUUGGAGCCAAGGUACGGCUUGUUGAGUUUUAAAGAAGGUAAGGCUUUUGAAGGCAAAGCAUUUUCAAAACAUCAUUUUCGACCCACCAAAUUGGCGGGUGCCUGCCAUUACCUCACUUUAAGAAAACCUCUAUAUGCUUCAUCCAAACACACCGUAAGUUUCUCUCUUUCCAUUUCUCCGCUUGGUUUGGAUAAGAGCGUGCCGGAGAAAUGGCCUCCAGUGCUGGAACCCACUGCUGAGCAACCUCAACUCUUCGAUGGAACCAUAAGGCUGUAUACCGCCUACAUAUGUCCAUUUGCACAGCGAGUGUGGAUCACCAGGAACUAUAAGGGAUUACAAGACAAGAUCAAGCUAAUUCCUCUCAACCUUCAAAGUAGGCCUGAUUGGUAUGGAGAGAAAGUUUGCCCCACCAAUAAGGUGCCAACUUUGGAACAUAAGGGUAAAAUCAUUGGGGAGAGUCUUGAUUUGAUUAAAUACCUUGAUAGCAACUUUGAAGGGCAAUCUCUUCUCCCUGAUGAUCAUGCUAAAAAAGAGUUUGCUGAAGAGUUAUUUGCCUACACUGAUACUUUCAACAAAAUUGUGUAUACUUCAUUAAAGGGUGAUCCAGCAAAAGAAGCUGGUCCUGCUUUUGAUUACUUGGAAAAUGCUCUUCAUAAAUUUGAUGAUGGGCCAUUCUUGCUUUGCCAAUUCAGUUUGGUGGAUAUAGCCUACAUUCCCUUUGUUGAAAGAUUCCAUGUGUUUUUAUCAGAGGUAUUCAAAUAUGAUAUCACUGCUGGCAGGCCUAAACUUGCAGCUUGGAUUGAGGAGAUAAACGAUAUUGAGGCUUACAAGCAGACAAAAUUAGAUCCUAAAGAGCAUGUUGAAUUGUUCAAGAAGCGCUUUCAAGCUCAAUAAUUUCUAGGCAAUGGUGAUGUAGACUGAAUAAGAGACUUGAUGUCUCCUACAUAAUACAUCUUGGUUGAAUAAAAAUAUUAUGUGUAUUAUUAGUUUUGCAAGGAUCAAACUCAUGUUAGCAAUGUAUUAAUGAAUGGUCUGCCAGUAUGUGCCUCUAGCGCAUAAAUCAUAACGAUCAAACUUAUUUAGUCAUUUGUACGUGUAACUGUUGUUUCAGUUACUUUGAUCAAAGAUCACUGUAGUAAACUUUUAACCUGUCA